AUGGAUACUAAAAACCAUUCGAGUGAUAGGGCUAGGGCGUACCCCACAGGCGACGCGCAGGGGCAGCACCCGGCUCCUGUGGGAAAUGGACAAGGGUUGUCGCACCGGAACGGGCGGGUGCGACGUAAGAAGCGAGCUCGAAGUGUGAGAGAGUUAAAAUUGAGGUGUGCAAGUUGGAAUGUAGGAACGAUGUCUGGAAGAGGAAGAGAGCUAGCAGAUGUUUUAAAAAGGCGACGGAUAAAUGCAGCGUGCCUGCAAGAGACAAAGUGGAAGGGUGCAAGGGCUAGGGAAAUCGGAGAAGGAUAUAAAUUAUUUUAUUGUGGAAGUGAUGGCAAGAAAAAUGGUGUGGGUAUAGUUUUAGAUAGUAGGUUAAAAGAAUGUGUGGUGGAUAUAAAAAGAGCGAAUGAUAGACUGAUAGCGAUUAAACUGAUUGUGGACGGCAUGACACUGAAUCUAGUAAGUGUGUAUGCGCCGCAGUCCGGCUGUGAGGAGAGCGUGAAAGAAAAGUUUUGGGAGGACUUUGAUUGCCUGCUGAUGAAUAUACAGGAUAGCGAGGAAGUCUACGUGGGUGGUGAUUUUAAUGGCCAUGUAGGAAGAGAGAAUGAUGGAUAUGAGAGAGUGCAUGGUGGGUGGGGAUUGGGAAACCGGAACGCUGACGGUGAGACACUUUUACAAGCUGCCUGUGCCUUCGACCUGGCUAUAACAAACACGUGGUUUAAGAAAAAAGAGGAACACCUAAUAACCUACAAGAGUGGCCACCACGCGACACAGAUAGACUACUUCCUAGUGAGGCGGAGGAGUCUAUGCUGUGUCAAAAACUGUAAAGUGCUGCCAGGCGAAGCAUUAGUCGCCCAACAUAGGCUUGUGGUGAUGGAUGUUAAAUUAAGUGUCUCCCCCAGAAACAGCCAAAUACGGCCCCCUCCAAAGACAAGAUGGCGUAUGUUAGAGAAUGAUGAAUGUGCUAGUAGAUUUAGGAACCAUAUAGUGGAGAAAAUUAUAGAAAUGAAUGAGAUGGAAGAGAAAUUGGUAGAUGAUUGUUGGAAUGAGAUGGCCAGGCAUAUAAGGAAGGUCGCAAAGGAUGUGUUUGGAGAGUCGAAAGGAAAAGGUCUGAUAGAUAGGGAUACAUGGUGGUGGAAUUUGGAAGUGCAAAAUGUACUGAGCGAGAAGAAAGUGGCAUUUAAAGAAUGGCAGGUUGUAAAAAAUGUGAAUACAAGUUUAAAAGAUGAAAAAAAGGAAGUUUACAAGGAAUUUAAGAGGAGAGCAAAGAAGGCGGUAGCAGUGGCCAGAGCUAAGGCACAAGAAAAGUUGUACAACUCACUGGACAGCCCUAGAGGCCAGAAGGAACUCUACCGAAUUACGAAAGAGAGAGAAAGACGAUCGAGAGAUAUAACACAUAUCAAAUGCAUGAAAGAUGAGGCUAAUGUUUUUAAGGCUUUACAAAAACAAUGGCAGGGACAUAGGAAAUCCUUCGAAAACGCAAUCGUAUUGGCGUUAAAGGAUAACUAUGGGUAUAGAGGGAUGAACGUAUACGUGAGGCGAGCGGCGGACUCGUUUCGAAUGGCUAAAGGUUUAUUUUUAACUGACAAUGUCGUUGAUGUGCUUUUAUUUGAUCUGUCCCUCACGAGCAUACCUCAUCUCAACAUGCCGGAGGUUACAUUCGCGCUCGCGUCCAAUGUCCUGAAGGUGGAGGCUGGUCUCAGCCAGAUGAUAGUGCAGUCUUCAUACGUGCUGUUCAGAAAUCAAUCUGAUAUUUUGAGUACCGUGCCUCAAAAUCCAUAUGAAAAAUCACCAUUCGCCUACGAGCAAGUUGAUAAUACUGGAAUGUUAGCAUACCUUCGCAAUCUCAAGGAGUACCACCAGUUAUAG